ACUUCGGGUUGAAUAAAUUCUCAAUUCGAAAGUACACGACAUAAGCGAGAAAGGUGACAGUGUAGUCCGUUUGUCUUCUCUGACACUUGCCGUUUUUGUUGCCAGAAUGUCUGCAUUAAGAGGGAGCGCCAGACUUUUCAGCCGUGCUAGACCUUUAUUCAGUCGCAAUGUUUCCACAAAGGCUGCAGCAGGUCAUGUGAGCAGAUCCCUGAAGCCCUUAAUUUUAGGCACAGCUCUAGUGGGCUAUGGAGUCUAUAAGUAUAUGAAAUCAGAUCAAAGUCUAGCUGAGUAUCUGAUGCCAGCCGUCCAUGCUGCAGGCCUUCCUGAGAGUCAGCCAUCGGUAUACUCCCAAGGUAAGAAUCAUGCCCUGUAUCUGUGGAUCAGUCUAAAGCCUGAGGCUAAUGCUAAGGAAGUAGCUAAAGCUGUGGCCAAACUUCAGAAGUACGUAGAUCAGGUCACCGACCCGAGUAUGAAGGACGAGGAAGACGAGAUCUUGGCUGGUGUGGGAUUCGGACCCAACUUCUAUAAACAGAUUGGAGGAAAACCAAAGCAGGAGUAUACAUAUCCUUACCGCAAAGGAUAUCUGGGGGAAAUGCCCAGCUCUGGAGGAGAUGUAUUUAUCCAUGCCAAGUGCAACACCCCCAGCAAGCUGUUUGAGCUGGCCCAAGUUGUGAUGAAAAAUAUGCCGCCCAAUAGUGUGGAAUCAUUUGAGGACAUUUACAGCUUUGUGUACAAAAAUGGCAGAGACCUGUCAGGUUUUAUUGAUGGGACAGAGAAUGCCGCUGAUGAGGAAUCCAGACAGAAGAUUGCCGUAGAACCGGAAACAGGAGGCAGCUACGUGAUCACACAAAAAUGGAUUCAUGACCUGAAAGUGAUUGACAAAGAAAAGGACAAGACGUUGGAAUCCUGGGUUGGCAGGUCUCGCCCUGACAGUACUGAACUGAGUCGUAAAUCAAUCACCUCCCAUGUAGCCAGGAUGACUGGAGGAAAUGGCUGGCAACAAGCCAAACCGGUGGAGAUUGUACGACAGUCUAUGCCAUUUGGAACGCUGGGCUCUGAAGCAGGUCUCUUUUUCAUUGGCUAUGCAGCCUCCCCCAAAAACCAUGAGUACAUGCUGGAUCGCAUGGUAGGAGCCCGUGAUGAUACCAACUGUGAUGACAUCAUGAGGCUGUCAAAGAAUGUGAAGGGAACGUACUGGUAUUUCCCAGGAGCUGACGAGCUCAAAAAGUUUGCGUGAAGUGCUUUCUUGUAAUACAAUCAAAGGCUGGGACUAAACAUUUAACAUUACUGCUCAUUAAAUGAUCUAGCAUUUAUAUAGAUGUUUCUAUGACAAUACAAUAAUUUUCAUGCAGUAGACUGUAACACUCUUGAUAUGUAUGUGUACGCAAUUUGCACGAUAAUAAAAUAUUUUAUAUUCAUUGAUA